ACGGCUUCUAGAUGAGAUAUGUUAAUGGUUAACGGCUUCUAGAGGAGAUAUGUUAAUGGUUAACGGCUUCUAGAGGAGAUAUGUUAAUGGUUAACAGCUUCUAGAGGAGAUAUGUUAAUGGUACUUAGAGGAGUAAAAAUAAAUGUUUUGUCAUACCCGUGGUAUACGGUCUGAUAUACCAUGGCUGUCAGCCAAUCAGCAUUCAGGGCUCGACCCACCCAGUUUAUAAUAGCAAUUAGGCACCCUGGAGGUUUGUGGUACGUUAGUAUUUAUUUAACCUUUAUUGAACUAGGCAAGUCAGUUUAAGAACAAAUUCUUAUUUACAAUGACGGCCUACACCGGCCUAACCUGGACGACGCUGAGCCAAUUGUGCGCCACCCUAUGGGACUCCCAAUCACGACCAUUUGUGGUACAGCCUGGAAUCGAACCAGGGCGUCUGUAGUGACGCCUCAAGCAUUGAGAUUCAGUGCCUUUGACCGCUGUGCCACUCAGGAGCCCAAAGGUGCUAUAUGGCCAAUAUACCAUGGCUAAUGGCUGUAUCCAGGCACUCCACGUUGCGUCGUGCGUAAGAAUAGUCCUUAGGCUUGGUAUAUUGGCCAUAUACCACACCUCCUCGGGGCUUAUUGCUUAAGUAACACUACAGUCUUUGUUUGUUGUCUAAUGUCCCAGUCAGUGUCAGAGAGCUGCAGGUAGAAUCCCCUGUCCUUCCAGCUGCAUGUGGCUGCAGUGCAUUAUGUUCUCCUAUCUCUCCUCUUCUCUCCGUUUCAUCCCUCUCUUCAUCCCUCUGUUUAUUAGGUGUUGCCUGUGGGCUCAGAUCAGGCUCAGGCUGGCCCCCCUCCUCCCUCAGACCACAUGGCACCCUUCCCAGGACCCUGUCUAACUCAGUCCCAGCAGCCUCUGGAAGACCUGGAUGCCCAGCUGAGGAGGGCCCUGAGUCCAGAGACGGUCAGCUGUGUCACCACACAGUCCUCCCUCACUGGGAUGCCUGCAGGUGGCCAGCCAGUGCCUUUCUCUCUGGAAGGGGAACCAAUCAUGUCGCCUAUUGCUGGAGGAUUCCAAAUGGGACGAUUCCAGGUCUCUGUGGCUGCAGACCAGGGUCCCCACAAAAUCGAGGGAGGGAGCCCCACAAAAUCCUCCUCCACCUCCUCUUCCUCCUCCUCUUUCUCCAGCCCGGAGAACACACUGCACAAUGUCUCCUCCCCUCUCCACGGAGGUAAGACUGGUGGGGAGAUGUUGUGGGCGGCCUGCCCUCCCUCCCCCACCGGACCGCCUCCCCUCAGCCCACCACCAUUGGCCGCUUCCAGGUCACCACCAACGCACCGGAUGCCAGGGUGGGCCGCUUCUCUGUGA